AUGCUUCUAGAGCUAGAAGAGCAAGAGAUGAAUAAUUGUUGUUCUAGAGGAGUUACAUUGUCUUGUCUAAGGCUACCUGAUUAUAUAUAUUAUAAUAAAUAUCCCCGAAACGCAAAAAAAAAAAAAAAAAUCUACGGUGGUCACGAGUGGCCAUAUCAGAGGCACUCCCACUCACAUGACAUAUUAAUAUUUAUAAAUAUUAGUUCGUGGUCGUGCAGGAUUUGCUUUUCGAAGUUCAGAACAAGAUCGUGGAGACUCGACUUGACAGUGAUGCUUCUGGACCUCGCAUUCUUACCAUCAUGCCUACAGGCAGCCGCAGCCUGUAAUAGAAAUAGAGAACAAGAUGCGUCGUGUUUGAUCUUUGAUUGUUCUGAAUUAGAAUUUCGCAUUGAUUAAGAUUAUGUUUAUAGUGAAAAUGAAAUAGGUCUAGUUGGGUGUUCCGAUUCCACUAAUGACUUUUCAUUGUGUUAAAACAUUCGUCUUGUUCCGGAUCUAUGUGAGCUUGAGCAGAUAGUGACUAGCUCUAACAGUAACACGUAGCGGUAGUUACGUUUAAUCUAUUGUUUUAGUAGUAGUCCUGACGCAGACGGUGAAUCCGGUCCUCGUUCUCGUCCUCACGUGGUCAAGACUAAUAUUUUUUAGCUCUGAUAGGUCCUCUAGUUUUUUAGAUUCAAUUCAUUGAAUUUAGAAGGGUAUACCACGCUGCCUAUUCCUCUGCACUUUCUUAUCUUACGCUUUUUACAGCCGGUGAAUAUCAAUGAACCACCAAUCUGUGUUUUUUUUGGGAAUAAAUAUCAAAUAAAUUUUUCUUUUUAUGUUGAUAGUUGGAUUGAUCACACGCAAGAGAAAUAUCAUUAACAAUUUGUUUAAAUACAUUAGUCUUAGUGGACAUGUUGCAUAAGCAUAGUUAGGAGGUACUACAACGAGCAAUAUUAAACAAACCAAAAACCAUAACGCUUUCAAAAUCAGAACCGGCGCCAGCUUAUAAUAUGGCUAGGAAACCUGGACCCCUCGCCUCCUGGUUUGUCUUGGUGCCCCUUAAUUUCAAGGAAAGCCGCGACACAUUCAUCGAGAAACUACAGACCCAGUACUUUUAGCUGUUCGAAGCUGGAGCGCUUAUUCUCUUCAGCCACUCAUUGUCGAAAUAACUCGUCAACUCAAUCUGAAAAGUGAACAAUUAGCAUUCGAGAACAUCAGCUCAAUUUACAAAAAAUGACGGGCACUAACGUAAUGCAGAAAUAGUCGCCAUCAAAAAAUUGUCCUCAAGGUCCAUCAACAGGAUGAAUCAUGAUGCGACUCAUUGAAAAUCUGUUUAUUUUUUUUUUUGUUAAUAUCAAGCAACCAUCAAUCUGGGAUUUUUUUUUUCGGGAAUAUCGAAUACAAAUAUAAAACGGUUGUUUUUAUGUCGAUAAUUAGAUCAAUAAUAGAUACUUGGAGUUGUAUGUACCUACUAGUAGAAAAAAGUAAAAGAUAUAACUUUCUUCCAGCAGAGCUACUUCCUCCUUGUGCCUGAGCUACUUAGUCGACGAGAUUGCCAAUCUGGUGCAACUAAGUACUCUGCUUGUAGAUAGUCAGACGCCAUUCCUCAACAUGAUCGUGGGCGCACAGAUCAAGAACAAGUAGGAUUAAAUUGGCCAAAAAGGGAAACGAUCAAAACACGGAGGAUGUUAUUAAACAAAAUAUUAGACAAGUAGAUCCGUAUUUGAGUGGUUACGGAGUAAGUCAGAUCUAAACGGAAUAGGAGGGAUUUUCGACAUAUCAGCACGCGUAGAAGUAGUUGUAAUAUGCAUGCUCGCGCGAUGAACCAGCUAGAUGAAUACGCUUUUUGAUUUAGAGAUCCUCCCUCUCGUACUAAAUCAUAAGAUGGUGCUUGCACGACUCGGAUGACUUCAUCGAGUUGCGUGCCAAGCACCAGUCACUUUGAAUCUGAGCUCCUGGUUAGUGUUUCAGUGAAGGGUUUGACAGCCUUUCGCAGAAAUCGUUGGAGUUUCAGGGACAUAAUCCUCAAUAUUUCCUUCGGUUGGAGGAAUAGAAGAAGAAGCUGAUACAAGUUGCUAAGCGUCCUAGCCGGAACGGAGCGGAAACAUGAUACUACAUGGACAUAACAAUGUAAGUGGUUUAAGCAGUUCGCUCACGGGUUUUUUCAGCGAGUAAUCAUUCUUGUCUACAGAACAGUACUUAGAUCGUCUGGUAUAGAAGGAGGUGGAGGUAUUACUGGGCGGGAUUUGGUGUUGAAAAGCGAAAGCUUCUCUCUGAGACAAGAGGGAUGAAGAGAACGGGUGGCAACUGUUUGUAGUUGAAACUUGAACAACUGUGCAACUUCUGAAAUAAAAGCCGAGAUGUCACUCUUGCAAAGGGUGGGCAGCUUUGUGUUGAGCCUAAGGGAAGGCGUGGGAGCUAACGUAAGAGGCUUCUCCGGUUAAAUGAGCUUGAGCUUAUUAAAUAUCUGAAAAUUAUGAACUUGGUGUAGAG